UCUCCCGUGACCCCUCCUGCCUUUCUGGUUCUAAUUCCAGAACCGGCUCCACUUUGCACGCUGAUGUCAUGUGAUUACCGCCCGUUGUUAUCGGUUACUGGCCGGCGGUUAGGGGCUUGCUUCGAUCGGUGCUCCCGAGCUGGGAUUUUCAAUCGGAAGCCGAGUCAAUCAGGAGAUGUACGAUCGAGAGGUGAGGCUAUCAUCAGUUUCUAGAGUGUGGAGUGAGUUCCAGAACUGGCUAUGUGAUUUCAGAUUUUACUCGUCUGCAAUUUCUGAAGGAAUCAAAUGUCGAACCGGGUAUAUGCGGACCCAAAAGGCAAUUAUGAUGACUAUCAGUAUCCAGUAGUGUUUUUGCCACCAUACGAGAAUCCACCUGCCUGGAUCCCAGUACAGGAGAGGUUACACCACUCAGAUUACAACAAUGAGCUGACCCAAUUUUUGCCUCGUAUAAUCCAAUUGAAGAAACCGUCUGGGGCUCAGCUUGGAUUCAACAUCCGAGGGGGCAAGGCCUCACAACUUGGCAUCUUCAUAUCAAAGGUGAUUCCUGAUUCUGAUGCAGAUCAUGCAGGACUGCAGGAGGGAGAUCAGGUCCUUGCUGUGAAUGACAUUGACUUUCAGGACAUAGAACAUAGCAAGGCUGUUGAGAUUCUGAAAUCUGCCAAAGAAAUUACAAUGAGGGUUCGCUAUUUUCCAUACAAAAAUACUGCAAUUUGUCUUUCCCGGACUCAAUGGAUGACCGCACACUACCCCAGAUGGAACUCUGCUUGUCACAGAUUUUUCUGUUCGCUCCAUCUAUUGAUGUACUUUUGCAAUUUCCUGUGCCCAUCUACAAUACUUACUGUGUCUCCAUUGUAGCGUUAUCUGCAAAUUUGGAUCUACAUCCGAGUCAUUUCUAAAUAUGACAAAAAGCUGAGGCCUUAGCACAGAUCUUUGGAGAAUAUCAUUUGUCACAUUUCACUAAUCAGAGUACAUACUAUUAUUUCUACUCUGUCUCCUACCUCCCAAUCAUUUUUCAACCAUAUUAGUUACGUGAUCAUUUAUGCUCAAUCUUUUAUACCAACCUUAUUGAAUGCCUCUAUAAGUUUAUAUAGCUAACAUCAUGUUUUAUGUUCUUAUAAGCAAGGAAAUCAAAGGUUAUCGGGGGUAGAUGGGAAUGUGGAGUUUGAAACACAAGAGGAUUGGCCAUGAUCUUAUUGAAUGGUGGAGCAGGCUCAAGUGGCCAAAUGGUCUACUCCUGUUCCCAUUUCUUAUGUUCUUAUCAACAGAGAAUUCCUUAUCUACCAUGUUAGUGACCUCCUCAAAAGCAAAAUCAGAUUCAAUUAGUCAGAUGUCACUUCGCAAAUCCAUGUAGCCCAAAUUUGUUCAGUCACUCUCUGCCUAAUGACAAAUUCUAGUAACUUUAGUAACUGUUAGAUUGAGAGAUCUUGUUGCCUGGUUUCUUUCUGCCACUCAUCUUAAAUAAUGGAGAGACAUUAACAAAGUUUGGUUUUCAUCCUUGCUUCUUUAUUUUAAUUACCCCUCGACCCUUGUCAAUAACUAUAGUCAACUGUAUAUUGAAAAUAAGUAUAUACAUUUUUUAUUCGUUUACGGAAUGUUGGUGUCGCUGGCUAGGACAGCAUUUAUUGAUCGUCCUUAAUUGCCCUUGAGAAGGUGGUACUGAGCUGCCUUCUUGAAUCGCCACAGUCCCUGUGGUGUAGGUACACCCACAGUCCUGUUAGGGAGGGAUUUCCAGGAUUUUGACUCAUUGACAGUGAAGGAACGACAAUAUAUUUCCAAGUCAAGAUGGUGAGUGGCUUAGAGGGGAACUUCCAGGUGGUGGUGUUCUCAUCUAUCUGCUGCCCUUGUCCUUCUAGAUGGUAGUGGUUGUGGGUUGGGAAGGUGCUGCCUAAGGAGCCUUGGUGAGUUUCAUAAAUCAGUGAGUUUAAUAAAUUGAGAAUUUCUAGAAUUUCAUUCUAACUGUGCAUUGUUAUUUUUUCCUUGGUUUGUUUGACCAAUCUGCACUCUUAUUAUCAAGUGGGGCCUGUCCCACUCCUCCACUGCUGCCCUGUGCUCUCAUAUCUCCCAUUGGGCUUCUCACAUCUGUGUUUGAAUUUGUAAAGGUUGAAUUAGUGUUCUUUGACCUGGUUCGUGUGGUGGGUCCAACAGAGGAAAGAGGUCAUGUUCCUAGAAAAUGUUUUGAGUCCCAAUAGAGGAGACAGAUUCUUGCUGGAAUUGGGGUUCACACGACCCCCUUCAUUUCAGCUUUUUUUUUUAACAUUGAUUUCUGGGUUGCUAACUUGCUGGAAAUCGUUUUCUUAGCAACAGUUAUUGAGGCCACUUGUAGCACCCUAGCUGUGAUCAGCUUUUAAUGCAGUACAUACCAGGGAUUGAGCCUGGGUUCUUUCUGGUAUCUAUGCUGUAGUACUGUUGCUCAGGGGAGUAGCACUCUCGCCUCUGGGUCUGAAUGCUGUGGGUUCAAGUGCCCCUCCAGAGAUAUGAGCAUAAAAUCUAGGCUAACACUUCAGUGCAGUAUUGAGAGUGACUUAGAGAUGCCAUGAUUCGGAUGAGAUGUUACUGUCGCCCUGCAUACCCAUCCCCACAGAUGGAUGUGUAAGAUUCCAUUGCAUAGUUUUGAAGGAAGGCAGAGGAGCUCUUCCCAGUGUCCUGGCUAAUACUCAUUCUUCAACCAACAAAAUCAAAAAAAUGAUUAUCUGGUCAUUAUCACAUUGCUGUUUGUAGGAACCUGCUGUGUGCAUAUUGGCUGCUGUGUAUCCUACCUUACAACAGCGACUAUUGUUCAAAAAUAAUUCAGUGGUUUUAAAGUGCUUUGGGAGAUUCUGAAAACAUGUAGGACAACAAAUAAAUGCAAGCUUUUUUCUCCAC